AACGGCAAGUACGCAGACCCUCAAAACAAGAAAGAAAAAACCUAGCUAUCAUCUCUCUCUUCUUUGCCUGAAAGCCAUGGCUUGUGAAAAGAGAAGUUACAUGCUGUUGAGCCCAGAGAAAGUCGGUGUUGUUGAUCUCUUUCGCAUUUUGAUCCACAGUGAUGUGCACAAAAGAGAAUUCGUGGAUUGCUCUGAGAAAGGAGAAGAGAGCUUCGAGCGAAGGUGGAUCAUGUUUGUAUCCAUUCUCGCGCAGAAGCUCCUGCUUCUUGUGGCCAAACCCAUGUCUUGGAUCGGGUUGGUUCUCGAGUUUUGGUUAAAUCUCCUGUCGAGCAAUCAGAACUUGGGAGGGCUUCUCAUCAACUGCUUCCGAGGGAAGGUGGUGAUGCCGGAUAAAGCGUCAGGGAGCUUCGUAUCCUUCAUUGGCAACUUGGACAAGAGAGUGGAAUUGGACAAGAGCAUCAGUCCUGGUGACAGCGAGUACUAUGCGGCUCUAUCCAUGAUGGCUUCGAAAGCAUCCUAUGAGAACAAGGCCUACAUUCAAACGACAGUCACGCACCAUUGGCAGAGGGAAUUCUUGGGGUUCUACGACUUCUGGAAUGAUCAUCAAGGGAGAGCAACCACACAAGCCUUCAUGCUACGUGACCGUGACACCAUCGUGGUGGCCUUCCGAGGCACGGAACCUUUCAAUGCGGACGAUUGGUGCUCGGACAUCGACCUCUCGUGGUACGGGAUGCCAAGAGUUGGGAAAAUCCACGUCGGUUUCAUGAAAGCCCUAGGGCUCCAAAAGAACCUAAGUUGGCCGAAAGAGCUCGACUCGCGUCGGCCUUUGGCCUACUAUGCCAUAAGGGAGAAGCUAAGGUCACUGCUUGGCAAAAACGACAAAGUGAAGUAUGUGUUGACCGGCCACAGUUUGGGAGGUGCGUUGGCGAUCCUCUUCCCAGCGAUCUUGGCCAUGCACGAGGAGACGCGGCUGAUGGAGAGACUGGAGGGGGUCUACACAUUUGGUCAACCUAGGGUUGGAGACGAUAAGUUUGGGGAGUUCAUGGAGAGGGUCUUGGAGGAACAUCAGAUUAAUUAUUUUAGAUUCGUUUAUGGGAAUGACAUUGUGCCUAGGUUGCCUUACGAUAAUUCAACUUUCAUGUUCAAGCAUUUUGGGAGGUGUUGCUACUUCAAUAGCAAAUAUGAAGGGAAGAUCGUCCAGGAAGAACCAAACAAGAACUACUUCUCGCCUCUAAACACAAUACCGAUGAUGAUGAAUGCGUGGUAUGAGCUCAUAAGAAGCUUCACGAUUGAUUGCAAGAACGGACUGGACUACAAAGAAGGAUUGUUGUUGAGGACUUUUAGAGUGAUUGGCCUGCUAAUUCCAGGCGCACCUGCUCAUUCUCCUCAGGACUAUGUAAACGCUACGAGGUUAGGAGGGUCGCAGUUAUUCCAACAAUACCAACAAUGACUAUGGAUAGUUAUAGCUUUUUAAAAUGGAAAAUUGUCUCCUAAGAUUGGAACACCAAGAUUAAUCAGUUGUAUUGUAAGAAAACGAACAGCUAUGUAGCCGAUUUCAAGAGGACCGUAAGCAAUGGUCUAUCCCACUCCAUAAACUUAUCUAGUAUGUUAUA